AUGGAUGCAAACUUAACACACACUUGGUCUCUGCUAAAGAGUGUUGAAGAUUGGAUAUUAAAGUUGGGAUUGUUGGAUGCCGACCAGUUUAUUGCUUCCACCAGCAGUGGCUCUUUGUUGAGCUACUCCUUGUCAAAUGCGAGUUCGCGAUGCCUAUUCAAAUGGGAAGAAGCGCACGAGUCUAGUAUUAAUGACAUGAAAGUGAUUGACACCAACACGUUUGCAUCGUGCUCGACAGACGGUAUCAAGGUUUGGGACGUGAGAGUGACUGCCGGCGGCGGCAAUAAUUUGCUGACCCUGCUAAAUAACGCCAAAAACUCCAACUUUUUAUCGUUGGCAGCUAGAGGGAACCUUCUUGCCGGAGGCACAGAGCUACAGAGUGCAGACGCCGAGGUUCUCGUGUGGGAUUUGAGAAAGGCAGAUCAGGUAGUCAAUUUGUUUGUUGACUCGCAUCAAGACGACGUGACUGCCCUCGAGUUCCACCCCCUGCUAGAGCAGUACUUGAUGUCUGGCUCGACCGAUGGGUACACCAACAUCUAUGACUUGUCGAAACCCGAGGAAGAAGAUGCGUUGCACCAGGUGAUAAAUUUCGGAUCGGUCCACUCAUGCCAUUUCAUCACGGAGUCAAGGAUAUCUGUUUUGACUCACAUUGAGACUUUGAUGUUUCAUGAUUUGCAUGAUACCAACUACGAGGAUCUCUCGAGUCUUCAGUUUGUCGAUGUGGGAGACUUGAGGGCGCAAUGGCCCGACAAUAGCUAUGUCAUUGACCUUUCCCCUUCUGGAUACGUGGCUUUUGCUUCGACUAUCACCAACAAGUUGUCGGUGAUGCCAUUCAAUCCGAGAAAGGAAAAGUUUAAACUCGACAAGGUGAUUAAUUUUCCUCAGGCGCAUGGAGACCAAAUAGUUAGAGACGUUUUAGUCUUACAGGACUCUAGACACGCUCUUAGUUGUGGAGAGGAUGGAGCCAUCAAAUACUGGGAGUUUCCGCGUGAGUUGAAGCGUUAUUCCAUUGGUGAAACAACUUCUCCGGUGGAGAUCAGCCCACCUGUUAAAAAGGUCUCCACAAAGCCCCACCAUCAGAAUAAAAAGAGCAGAAAGGACAAAAGAUUCAAACCGUACUAG